CUCUGGAGCUUUUUUCACACGGUGGUCUUGGUGGUCUCCCACAGACCCACAGACAAUGCAUUUUGGACUCAUGCCUCACCCCAGAAGGCUCGUUCGAGGUGGAACCGUACUUCUGGCUGCAGUCGCAGGAUUGGGAGCUUCUCGCUGGGCGUUCGCUUCUCCCCAGCCGAGCGUCUUAGGCCAAGCACGUGAUCCAGCGAUCUCCUUAGGGCAGCGUCCAGCUUUUGAGCUGACGGCGGGAUCUUCAAGGCCUCCUCGCUCGUCUUCUUCGAGCAAAGCGGCUCAAGCAGCUCUUCCUGAGGUCCUGUCCUACAUUCAAGACACGAUCCAGCAUGCGAGGAACUCAGAUGGGCCCCAUGGGAAUUGUCUACUUCUUCGUCAUUUACGUGGUGGCAGAAUGCCUGGCACUGCCAGCUGCGCCUUUGACCUUGUCUUCCGGAUACCUUUUUGGUUUGCCCAUGGGCUCUUUGGUCUCCAUCCUGGCCGGGACGACCGCUGCGGCGAUUGGCUUCACCCUGUCUCGGAACUUUCUCCGGCCACAGAUCUCGAAGAUGAUCGAGGGCAACGAGACCUUCCGCAACAUCAACAAGGCGGGCGAGCGAGAGGGGUUCAAGAUCAUUUUCUUAUUGCGCCUCUCCCCCUUGCUGCCUUUCGCGUUGUCGAACUACGUCUAUGGUUUGAGCCAAUGUAGCUUCCAAGACUUCCUCCUGGCCACUGGCUUGGGCUUUGCGCCAGGCACAAUUGGCCUGGUUUAUGCGGCCACAGCUGCGCGCGAUGUGAUGUCAGAGGGUGGAAGCCAACCUUGGUAUGUCUAUGCUUUGGGGCUCCUGGUGACAGCGGUCCUUUUGAAGAUCGUCUCAGAUGUGGCCUCCAAAGCAGUUCAGGAGGCUGUGGAAGAGGAUCGUGAUCCACUGACCGACCCGUUCACCUUGGCUCCAACUGGAGGUCUUGGAUCCCAAGUGGAGAUCCAGAGUGAGGUGAAAGUGGAGAGCCGCGAGAAGGUGAAUGCUUGAAUUUGUCAAGGUGGGAGCGAACGGUCACCCGAUCCCAGAACUGGAGUGAAGAUGCUGGAGCGAACGCUCGGGGGUGGGAUGAACGCAAAAGCGGGCAGGCUGGGAUGCUGGAGAAAUUGGAGAUGAGCGAGUUCCUUUCUACUAAACGUCCAACUUGUGACAGAAGAACUCGUGAGUGACUUAGGAGUCCGCCAGUCCCGGCUCUGACCGCCGUGCAUGGGUUUGUUUCUCCCUCAUUCAGUCCCAUACCGGACACCUCAGCACAGACGAUCUUUUUCAGAGCUAAAUUUAACCUUUCUCGCUUCGCGAGCCGAUCCCGGCGAUGUUCCCGCGCG